AUAAGCUACGACUAUAGCUACUCCCACCUGUGGCGUGACCUAGGUAUCAUUUUCAGAUUCUUAUUCUUUUUUCUCUUCACAUAUCUAUUGGCUUCUGAGCUUAACGUGAACUUGAGUGAUGGCCCUGAAGUCCCAGUCUUUCUGCGUGGCCGCCUCCCACCAUUAGACCGUGCUUGGACGGCGACGAGGUCUAUUAGCCUGUCCUCUAGGUUACCAUAUAAACCGACUAAAUUAAGUAGUGCCUAUGGGUCCGCGCUAGGCAUUUUUAAUCAGCCGAUUAGCCUAUUAAUGAAGAAAGAUCUGACACUUUGCUAAAUAGCACUAUUGGUCAAAUGAGUGUAGUAGCGUAGAUCUACAGGCACUACUCAAUUGAGUCAGUUUAUACGGUAGUUCCACAGAUGCCAAACAAGUUUCAGCGGAGCUGAAACGCAUUGUUGCACGGUGUUCCUCCUCCGAAAACAAUGACAUGACGGGAAUUGAAA